GAACGGUCUGGUGACGGCGGGUCAGAGGUGUUCAGGGUUUAGGUAUAGAGCCCCCUGGCUGCCGUUUCUGGGUGAAUUAUAACUAAGGACAACUGAAGUACAUAAAAGUGAAGAAUGUUGGGGAAGAUUACAACAGAUCCACCUUACCUUACCAUCGAUAAUUUUGAGGACUGUCUGGCUUCUGAUGAUGUUCUGGUGCACUUCUUUAACGACUUCCUCAGUCUACCUUCGUUCCCUGAGUGUGUACAGUACAACCAGGCGACUGGUGUGUUUGAGGUGGUCAGUGAUGCAGCGGAGGCUCUGUCUAGGAGGAUCAGGUCAGCCCUGCAGUACUUUAAAUCACAACCUCUCACGGACCCAACAGAGCUGACUGCUAGACCUGUGGUGGACAACCGCUACACUGUUCUGUGCUUGGACAGAGAACAGGGAGUGGAGUGGAUCCUAAAAGAAAGACUACCCUUGUUUAUUGAAAGUGACUGCUACUUCGAGUACAGGUUAGCGAAGCUGCUCUCUCAGUGGGGCCCUCAGGGCUGGAACCAGAAGAGGGAUGGUACCUCAGUCCAGCCCCCUGUCACCACAGAGCCUGUCUGUCCUUCCCCUGGGCCCGAUGACAGAGAGACCCUGAUGAAGGUCCUCUAUGUGUCACUGGGACAGGCCUCGGUAACAGACAUGUUGACAAUGGCUAAGGACAAGGACAAGCGGCUGCCUGUCUGUACCCGGUCUGUGAGAACCCCGGUGUGCUCCCUGGGCCGGGAGGGACAGAGGGGUCCGGCCUCAGCCUGCUUCUCCUGCAUCCCUGACUCAGAGUCCUACGCCCUGUCCUCCUCACUCCUCGUCUCCUUUCCUGUCUCCUCUUCGCUCCCGGACUGUCCUCUCUGCUCUUCACUUCUAGACUGGGACAAGAGACGGGGAGACCACAGCGCAGAGCAGGAGAUGAAAGUCUACCUCACAGAGACAGAGGCAAAGACAGAGAGAGAGGCAGGAACUACAGAUGAGGAUAAUGGGGAACCCAAGCCCCAGAGUCCCGCCUGUUCUACCACUGAUGAGGAGACGGGUGGUCCCCACACAGAGAGCCCCUGUGAGGGAGGUUCAGCCACCAGCCACAGCAGACUGAAGGAGCAGCAGGAGGAGGGUGAAGGGUCAGAGGAGGAGAAUGACCAUGACCUUGAGUUCUAUGAUGUCACUGCUAGUAUCCAUAGUGAUAGACAGGGCCUUGGUGACUUUAAGGACUUCUUAAAGGGAACACUAGGAGAGAAGCUUUUGCGUCUGUGGAUGGAUAUAGAGAGACUGAAGACCCUACAGGACGACAGGAGGAGAAUCAGGCAUUUGGUCCAGAUGCGUAGCUGCUACCUGCUGACCGGUGGCCAGAGCAGUCUGAAUGGUGAGCUGUUAACCAGACUGGGUCUCUCUACCUCCCCCUGCUGGAGAGAGGACAGACUGCAGAGAGUUCAGCCCCGUGUCACUGAGGCACUGCUCUGCUACUGGGGUCCCAGGUUCAGGAUGAGCCAGAGAGCAGUAGAUCCUCUCAGACUGUCGCUGUGGAGGAACAGACAGCUACACCCUCCCUCUGGUGUGAACCCUAACCCUCGUUACAUCAACCUCCACCCCCACCGGCCUCACACCUCUAUACCCCGACCUACCAUCCGCCCAGACACCUCUCUACCCAGAGACAGGACCCCCACACCAGCUCACACACAGACAGGUUAUGCCAGCAGCAGUCCUGUUGUAGGGGCCUGGAGGAUGGAGAGGAUGUUACAGGCUCUAUGUGUGGACUCACAGGCCGGGUUCUACUUCACACGCUACUGUGAACGCUCUGGAAACCCGCUGUGGGAGAAUGCCGUCCACUGCUGGUGUGAUCUGCAGCAGUACCACCAGCUCUUCUACCAAGAUGGACUGGAUCCCUACAGGGUACAGAGACAGGCUCAUUUGCUGUAUUCAACCUACGUGUGCAGUGCUGCCCGUAGUAGCAUUGAGGUGGAGGAGGAGAGCAGAGAGAGGGUGUACACCUGUCUCACUCCCCCGUUUGAGGAGCUGUUUGACUGGGUGGAGGAACACACUCUGACCCUCCUCCUGGAGCCCUGGACGCUGCUCACCACCAGGGACACAGACACCUUCCAGAAGGUGGCUGUACGGGAGGAGACUCGCCAGGUGGAGUCAGAGCCGUACGGAGAACUGAAGACGCUGUACGAGGAGGCUGGACACAGACUGGAACAGCAUGCUGUGGCCCAGGCCUGCAGGCCCCCUCCUCCACCACUAGAGGUCGCCAGGUCUCCAGCUAUGUGGUCUGCCGUCCCAGAGAGGUACAGAGGGUACAGGUUGGGCUCUCUGCUAGGACACCGCACGGAGCUACAACACUUCACAUACUUCCUACAGGACAACACCGCCAGUAUACACCUGGCUUGCUGGCAGGACAUAGAGAAUUACAGGAGAAUCCCCCAUAAAGACAAGGCCCAGAGAGAGGACAAGUCCAGACUCAUUAAGGACAAAUACCUCAAUAGGAAAUACUUCUUUGGGCCUGACAGUCCUGCCACCAGACAACAACAGGAGGAGGUGAUGCGUCUGGCUGGUGGCUGGGGGAGACUGCUCCAUGACCGUCUGUGUGCUCCUGUCCUGGUGGACAUUCAGAGCAUCACCAGGAACCACAUAGAAACAAGAUGGCUGCCUGUCUUCCUGACGACGCCGGAGUUCAAUGAGAGACAGCAGCAGAGAGUCAGGCCUCGGGGUGAAGACGGGGUGUCGGACCAGGUCUACCAGCGACACAGGAACAAGAGAGAGGUGUGGAAGCAGGUCAAGGGGACGUGGAUGACCUCUGCAGGGGAGAUCCUGGCAGUCCGGAGGGCCCUGCUCAACCCCGUCACGUGUCAUCAGUUCCGGCGCUUCGUCUCGCUGAAAGGAGACUUCCUGGAGAAUGACGUCCUGUUCUGGCUGGAGGUCCAGAGGUAUAAGGAUCUGUGUCAUUCCCACUGUGUGGAGGCUGUAGUCCAGGACAAGGUGUCCACCAUCAUCAGCUGUUUCAUCCAGUCCUCCGUCCCCCCAGCCCUGCAGAUAGACAUCCCCCAAGAGCAGGCAACACACAUCCUGGAGAGGAGGGGGGAGAUGGGGCCCUACGUCUUCAGAGAGUCUCAGAUGUGUGUGUUCAGUGAGCUACUGAAGCUGUGGCCAGAGUUCCUGUCGUUCAGCAGCGGUGUGCAGGAGGAGGAGGUGUUGCCGCUGUUGCAGAACAGCGUGAACAAACAGAGUGCUAAACUGCAGCGUCUCAGGAGGCGAGAGGAGGAAAAGGAAGUGGAGAGGAGAGCCCAGGAGGAAGUGGAGAGGUUUCCAGAGGAGCAUGAGGAGAAACACAAAGGACUACAGGAGAGUAGAGAGCUGCUUUACCCUAGUCAACAGCUGUCUUGGUCCUACUCUAAAUACAUGGUCGCCCUGGAGAGAGAGGAGGUGCUGCUGAGGAGACAGGAACUCCCCUCCUCCACUGGGACAGACUCGUCCUCUGCCCACAGUCGGAAGUCAAAGGGCAGCAGACACUCCCGACAGAGCCAACACCAGACCCAGCAGAGUUCUAACGUCUCCCCCAGGACAGAGCCAACACCAGACCCAGCAGAGCUCUAACGUCUCCCCCAGGACAGAGCCAACACCAGACCCAGCAGAGCUCUAUCGUCUCCCCCAGGACAGAGCCAACACCAGACCCAGCAGAGCUCUAUCGUCUCCUCCAGGACAGAGCCAACACCAGGCCCAGCAGAGCUCUAUCGUCUCCCCCAGGUCAGAGCCAACACCAGGCCAAGCAGAGUUCUAUUGUUUCCCCCAGGACAGAGUCAACACCAGACCCAGCAGAGGCCAGAGCCAACACCAGGCCCAGCAGAGUUCUAUCGUUUCCCCCAGGACAGAGCCAACAACAGGCCCGCAGAACUCUAUCGGCCCCCCCGGCCAACACCAGGCCCAGCAGAACUCUAAUGUCUCCCCCAGGACAGAGCCAACACCAGGCCCAGCAGAGCUCUAUCGGCUCCCCCAGGACAGAGCCUACACCAGGCCCAACAGAGCUCUAACGUCUCCCCCAGCCAACACCAGGCCCAA